CCCGUCCUCCUCCUCUGGGGGCGCCACCCCCUCUGCUCUCAGGGCUUUCGCCGCGGUUUUCUGGGGCCCCACGCCUUCGCCGCAGUAACAAGCUAUCGGGAGGCCCCCGAAUCUGGUUCCUGGGCCGGGUUCGCCGGUGUUGAGUGUCCCUGGUCACCGAGUCACAGCGUACAUUCCCAUUCAGCUCUGACCGCACGUCCCGAGAGUAGAUUCUGAUUCUGAUGCCCUGGUUCCUGGCGCUGCCAGAGUUCUGGUUCCGGAAGGCCUUUCCCAGGUGCGUUGGGCCCAGCUCCCACCCAGGCACAAGGCAGCGCUGAAGACAUGGGCAUGUGCAAGCCCCUGUGCCUGGGACACGUGGACAUCCGGAAAAGUUUGGUGGGCCUGGCCACAGGUGCUGGGGCCAUCUACCUGCUCUACAAGGCCAUCAAGGCUGGCUUGAAUUGCCGACCCCCCGUCUGCUCUGGCUCACCCAUCUGCAUCGCCCGUGAGUGCCCGGGCCCUGGGGAAAGGGCUUUGCCCCAGGAGGCACCUGCUCCCAAACCCUCCAGUGUGGGAGGGACCAAAGGCCUGGCAAUCGAGCGAGAGCAGCACGGGCGAGACUCAGGUGAGAUCCGGAGGCUCCUCAACUCUCUGGAGUGCAAACAUGAUGAGUACACCAAGAGCAUCAUCCUGCACAGUAUCACGUGCUGUGUGUACUUGCUGGAGGCCGAGGCCUCUGCUUGUACUGCUGAUGAUAUCAGCUUGGUGGGCUCCAUGCUGGAUGACAAGGACAACAGUGUCAAAAUCCAAGCUCUGAACGCACUUAAAGCUUUAUCUGGCAUCAGAAAAUUCAGGCUCAAAAUCCAGGAACACUCCAUCAAGGUACUGGAACUGAUCUCCACCAUCUGGGACUCAGAGCUGCAUGUUGCAGGCCUCAGACUCCUCAACAAUCUCCCACUGCCUGACUUUGUGCACCCACAGCUGCGACGGGUGAUGCCUGCCCUGAUGGAGAUCCUGCAGUCAGACUACAUACUGGCACAGGUGCAAGCCAUUCGAUUGCUGAGCUGCCUGGCACAGAAGAAUGACCUUCUCUAUGAUAUUCUCAACUGCCAGGUGCACUCCAACUUCCUGAACCUGCUCCAGUGCACACAGCCAGGGAGUCUGCUGUUCGAAUUACUGGUGUUUGCUGAGCGGCUGAGUGAGGGCCGGAAUUCACCCCACUACUGUGCUGUGAGAUGGCACUACAGUGAGCGGUCUCUGCAUGAAGCUCUCUUUGGGGAAGAUUCACGACUGGCAGACCGGCUGCUUGCCCUCGUCAUCCACCCUGAGGAGGAUGUUCAGAUCCAGGCAUGCAAGGUCAUAGUCAGUCUGCAGUGCCCCCCGGAUGUGGAAGUCCAACCCUCUGCCUGCCAGCCCAGUCACUCCUUCUUUAAUAAUGGGGAAUAAAAUUAAGGAGAACCAAAUAAAUGAGUAUGGCGGAGAA